GAAAAAGAAAUUUGUCACUACUCACUACUCACUACUAAACUCAAUUAUUCUUUCACAUUCCAUACAAUAUUUAUUCCCCACUCUCAAAAUCCCAACAUCAAAAUACCCCUUCAUCAUCAUAUUUUUAAUAUUUCUCGAUCGGACAUGGCUGCUUUAGCUCUCGCCGUGCUCCUCCUGGCCGCCAUGGCUGGCCACUCAAGUGGGAGUUGGUGCGUUUGCAAGGACGGGUUGGGAGACGCGGCGCUGCAGAAGGCGCUGGACUACGCGUGCGGGGCCGGGGCGGACUGCAACCCGAUUCGGCAGAAUGCGGCCUGUUUUCUUCCCAAUACGGUGAGGGCUCACUGCUCUUAUGCUGUUAAUAGCUACUUCCAGAAGAAGGCCCAAACUCAGGGCUCCUGCGAUUUUGCUGGCGUUGCUGCCAUCUCCACAACUGACCCUAGCGCUGCUGGCUGUUCCUACCCUUCAAGCGCCGGUGGCAGCGGCGCCGGAACAACUCCGGUGACGACGGCUCCGACACCACCUGGAGCAACAACAGUACCCGGAAUGACGUCACCUGUGACGAGGCCACCAACGACCACCACAACUACAAAUCCCAUUCCCAACAACUCAUCCCCCACCGGAGUUCUGGGCGGUGCCGGCACCGGCACCGGCGUCGGCCCCACCGGAGCCGGAACCACCACCACCGCCGACGAGAGCCACGGCGGGACACGGCUCCAACACCACACAUUCCUCUCCCUCUCAAUCGUCCUCUUACUUAGCUUAAUGCAAAUUAUUAAUUAAUUUGGUGAGACUAAAUUUAAAGUACUUAAUUAGCUAGCUUGUAAAAGAGUGUGCAUCUGAUGGUUCUUCUGCCUUCUUCUGCUGUUAUUAGUAGUUGAUUAAUUAUGAUUUAAAUAGCCUUCUUAUAAGGUUUUGGUUUUUCAUUUUCCAUCAUAUUAUAUAAAUAUAUAUCUAUCAAGAUGGAGGGUUGCACUGGAGUUUUGUAAUAUAUAUUAUGUUUCGAGGGCGUUGUUUAGAUCUAAUUAGUAUGUAUUAGAGUGGUGAUUUUCCACUCUAAAUAUGAGAUUUGUUAAUUUAAGGAAAUUGUUAUA